AUGGGUGAUCUAGUUCCCAGCCGAUUAAUAAUAGACGAUCACGACGAAGUAAAACGCUACCACCACCAUCGUUAUGGACACAUUCCCUACACACCACGUCCGUUUGAAUCGAAAAUCCCCAUGCAUCUUCGCACUCAACCACCCGAAAGAACACUCUUUAACUAUUGGCGAUUGUUAGACAUUGUGUUUGUUUUUACUUUUAUCGGUAUUUGGUGGCACAUAGAUAGAAAGAAGGGAAUAGAAAUAAGUGAAAAUGGAAAUGGAGGAAAGAACCAUGAAAGGAGGAGUAAAGUUGAAAGGAUUGGUGAUGUCUUGAUCAGGGUACUUAGUAGUGUAAUUGAAAGUCGACUGGCAUCGGUUGUGGGACUUAAAAAAGAAGACAUUGUCACGAGUGCGAGAGACUUUGUUGAUAGCUUAAAGGCUUUCUUCGUAUUGAUAUACAGUACCUUCAAAUGGUAUGGAUAUCACAAGAAAAAACGCAAUCAAGACGACGAGUAUGUUGGAGAACUAAUCACGUUUCUCCAAGCCGAAGUUAGCGGUAAAACCAAAUACCGUGUUCACGAAGCGUGGUUAGAUUUUGAUCUAAGAAACAGGCAGUUGUCACAGGACGUAAGGCAAAGGGUCUGGGACAGAGCCGUGCGAUUUAUGGAAAGUGAAGUUUGGUGGUUGAGAAAGUUUAAAAAGGGAAAGGUGACGAUAUGGGGAGAUAGUCGAGUUGGGCAACCGACGUGA